AUGAAAAUAUUCUGGCUUCGACCAUCUGUUGGUGAUUAACAAUAAUCAAAAAUAGAUUAUUAGAAAUAAUAAAAGGAGACAAUUAAAUAAGAAAACUCUCAUAAAAGAGAAUCAACAAAAUUUCCAUUUCACUUAAGUUUCGAAAAAGCAAAAAAAAUAAUUGAAAAGUAAACAUUUAUAUAAUAUGCAAGUGUAAAUAAUAAUAUUUUAUGUGAUUAAGUUUAAACUCUUCUUAUUGCAUCUUUAAAAAAUUCAAUGUAAUUACAUAAAAAUUUAUUAAAUUUGGAAUCUUGUAAUAAUUUUUUUAACAUUCAUGUUAAUUCUAUAUUUUUAUAAUUAGUUGAAUAAAUAUUUAAGAAAUAAAAUGAAAACUAUGAAAUGAAAACAUUAGUAAUUACUUUAGAUUAUUACAUGAAUAUUUAAACAUUUUUACUAUUUUUAUUUUGGAAAUAAUUGAGAAAUAAGGAGGAAUUAAUGAUAAUAGAAAAAAUUGUAGAUUAAUUAAUUAAAAUUAGAUAUAUUUGUCUGAAUGUAGAUUAUGUAAUGGAACACUUCAUCCAUUUCUUGUUUGAUAAUAGGAUUCAAUUGAGAUAGCUCAAACCCUAUGAAAUAUUUCCAAGAUCAUUAAUAGGUUAUGAAGAAAUGGAUUUAUUUUAAUUAGAUCCUAAAGUACUUGGAAAUGCAAUAACAGAAAUAAAUGAAGAGUUCUACUCUUAAAUAUAAUUUAAUAAUUUACUGACCAAUUUAUAUUAAACAAAAAAGAGUGAUUUUUUUACAGAAUAUUUUGAUAGAGUAAACUCAUUUUCAUUGUAUAUUCAAACCGUUAUAUUAAAAAAGAAGGAUAGAAAAAAGGCAAUAGAUUAUUUCUAUGAAGUUUGUUUAGAACUUUGUAAAAAUGAAGAUGGUGAAGGAGUAUUUUUAUUGUUUACUUUAAGUAUUGAACGAUUAGACUAAGAUUUAUUGCAUUCUAUUUAAUAUAUAAGUCCAAUUUAAUAAUAGAUACUAAUUGAUAUGACUAAAACAUUUGUGUGUAAUAAACAUAUUUAUACACCAACAAAUACUAAGAAGCUAUACCCUAUACCAUCUUUUUAUCAUUUUUGGACUAAGCUAAAGAAAUUGGAAUUGGCAGCUUAGCAAAGUAAAAAUUUAAAGUAUAUUGAUUAAAUUCGAAAUAUACUAUUAGAUUUAAUGUUUAUUCGUCAAUCUAAUAGAUCGAGAUUACUUGCAAGAUAAAAUGAAAGUGAUCCACUUUUAAAAUAUUUUUUAAUUAAAGGACAUCAAACGCAGUUAUCUUAAAUUUUAGAAAUUCCUAUUGGGAAUUGGAAUUAAAUGUAAUUAAAAUUAAUGAAAAUGGCAUCAAAUUGA